AUGGGGGUGGCACCACUCACUAUUACUCCUAGUAAUCCACUUGCAAAAUUUUUGCUCCCUGUUCCCACGACCCUAUGCUCUGCAGGCCUAGAGGCCUUAGUUCCAAAGGGAGGAAUCUGCCCAUCUGAAGACACAUCACUGAUUUCAUUGAACUGGAAAUUAAGGAUGCCACCUGGCCACUUUGGGCCCCUUAUGCCUCUGGAUCAGCAGGCAAAGAAGAGAGUUAUAGUAUUGGUUGGCGUGAUUGAUCCUGAUUACCAAGGGGAAAUUGGACUGAUAUUAUGUAAUGGAGGUAAAGAAAAGUAUGUCUGGAAUGCAGGAGAUCUCUUAGGGCAUGUCUUAGUAUUACCGUGCCCUCUGAUUAAAGUCAAUGGAACACUACAGCAACCAUUUUCUGACAUGACCUCUAAUAGCCCAGAUCCUUCAGGAACGAAGGUUUGGAUCACUCCACCAGGCAAAGAUCCAUGA